AUGGGGUCUGGCUCCUCAAGAGAAGCUCCCAAAUAUCCCGAGCAACAACAUCAUGAUGAUGGCCUAUUCUCGCAGGCCGCCAUGGCCAGAAGAGCUGACAAGAUACGCCAAAUGUUUCCAAUCGCCACCCCGACUGACGAUGCUAGGUCACCCGAUUACACAGCCUUCAUAUCGCCAGAUUCUCCUUCAUUGUUGACCGCGCUGCCUCCCGAACUCAUAGAGAAUCUUGUGGGCCAUCUAGACAAUCGCUCAAUCAAGAGUCUGCGCUUGACCUGUAGACGCUUUGGCAUCAUCGCCCUGCGCAUCAAUCGAGUCUUUCUCUCCGCCAAUCCGUUAAAUAUUCAAGUCUUCCGGUCUAUUGCGGAUCAUGACUUCUAUCGCCGGGGCGUUACCGAGAUCAUUUAUGACGAUGCGCUCUUUUGUCGCUCAUUUGAUGAUCACUGGGGUGAAUCAAAUGACUGGCCUCCCCUAAGCUAUUCGUUUUCAGAGAUACCAACAGAUAAGAAUUGGUUUUACACUGAGCGGGACGACCACAUAUCCGAGUUAAAACAUCGCCAACUCACUGAUAAACCAGGCCGCCCUGAGAAUGUGAUACGAGCACUGCAAGCACGUACCGAAUUAUCCUUCGCAGAGUCAUGGACAUAUUAUCAAGAUCUCCUGCGUCAACAGGAUGAAAUACUUGCCAAUGAGGCUGAUGCUAAGGCUCUUCGAUAUGGUUUACGACGGUUUCCUGCGCUGCAGAGAGUUACUGUUACACCUGCUGCUCAUGGAUGGUUAUUCACCCCUCUUUACGAGACUCCAAUGAUCCGAGCCUUUCCCUACGGGUUUAACUAUCCAAUUCCUCGCGGCUGGCCAACUCGACGGGCCGGUGAAGGUACUACAUUUGCCAAACCAUGGGAGGAUUCAAAAACAAAAUGGCGUGGCUAUUGUCUAGUCACCGAAAUCUUGUCUCAGGAGCAGCAGCACCACCGUGUCUCUGAACUUCUCAUCGAUGCCCAUUAUCUUCAUACUGGCGUUAGCUGUCGCCUCUUUCAGCAGCAGUGCCAAGAAUAUCUUAAUUUUCUAUCUGUUCUUCAGCAGCCUAAUUUUAAGAAGUUACAAUUAUCCCUUAAUGUGGAUGGACAGCAACGCUUAGAUUGGCCAGCUUUUCGCAGCAACCUGUUGGGCAACGCCCUAGCAGAAGCUUCACAUCUUGAACAUUUCAGCAUGGAGACAAACUGGGAUGCGAAUUAUUACCAAGAGGAUGCUCUGCCACCAGUGCUGCGAUCAUUUCUCCCUCUUGAUCGUUGGACCGGGCUACGACACUUUCGGUUGUGGAAUUUCCCAGUGGUACGCACUGAUCUAAUAGCGGCGCUAUCACAGCUUACUGGGCUAAGGUCUCUAGAGCUAGGAUUUUUGUAUUUAUAUCCUGACUCUGAUUUUGAGUUGCUCAAUGAGAUGCGCGACUCGCUGCGUUGGCAUGAGUGGCUUACGCCACCAAGAGUCGACUAUGCUGUACCUAUCCCGGGUCAGUAUAUUCAAGGGCGCGCGAUUUGGCUUCGUGAAGCCGUCACAAAUUUCUUAUAUUAUGAUGAUACAAAUCCCUUCGAUACUGCGACCGGUUUAGUCGCCCAUGGUGCGGGCAUGAUUAGAGAUGCAUAUGAUACAGCAUUUGAGAGGCCAUAUGAUUAG